AUGUCAACUGUUGAUAAAAAUAUUAAGGCCUUCAUUUAUGAUAUGGGUGGUGUCGUAAUGAGAUAUGUCUAUAAGGAUAUGGCUAGUGCUGCUCAGUUACCUUCAACUGUAUUUGGAAAACAAUUAGAACUUCUUGAAACAGGGAAAAUUAGUGUUGAGGAAUUCUUAGAAGAAAAUAGUGAAAAUGAUUGUUUAAAGGAAGUAAUUAAAAAAUAUGGAAAUAUUUUUCAAAAAAGUGAUUUUUAUGAAAAAAUCUUAGAAAAAGAUGAAAACAUUGAAAAAUCUUUAAAAGUAUUAAGAAAAAAUGGUUAUAAAAUUGUUUUAUUAACAAAUAACUUUUUUCUUGAUAAAAAUAAAUUGAAACCAACAAUUUCAUGUGAUAAAACUUUAUUUGAUAUUAUUGUUGAAUCAUGCAGAGUGGGAAUGUUUAAGCCUAAUAGAGAUAUUUUUGAAUAUACUCUUUCAUUACUAAACUUACAACCUUCUGAGGCUGUUUUUCUUGAUGAUCUUGAAAUUAAUUGUAAUGGAGCUAAAAAUGUUGGUUUGAAAACAAUUCAAGUAAAAACAAAUAAAUCUGAAGAUGCAGUAAAAGAGAUUGAGCAAUUAACAGGGCUAUCUAUUUUAUGA